CCGGCAGUUGGCGUGAGGGGUUUGAGGGUUUGCAGGAGCCCGGGGGCUGGUGGCAAGAGCAAACAUCUCCCUACCCCAUGGAGCUCUACGAGACUUCCCCCUACUUCUACCCCGAGCCCCGCUUCUAUGAGACUGAAAACUACCUGCCUGUCCGGCUCCCGGGCUUCGAGCCCCCCAGCUACGAGCGAGCUGACCUUGGCCUGGGCCCCGACAGCCGGGUGCCACUGGAGGAGAAGGGCUCUGGGGCCACAGAACACUGCCCGGGCCAGUGCUUGCCCUGGGCCUGUAAGGUGUGCAAGCGCAAAACGGUGUCUGUGGACCGACGGCGGGCAGCGACCCUGAGGGAGAAGCGCAGACUCAGGAAGGUCAAUGAGGCCUUUGAGGCCCUCAAGAGGAGCACCCUGCUCAACCCCAACCAGCGGCUGCCCAAGGUGGAGAUCCUGCGCAGCGCCAUCCAAUAUAUCGAGCGCCUCCAGACACUGCUCAGCUCCCUCAACCAGGAGGAGCGCGACCUGGCCUGCUACCGCACUGCGGGGCCCCAGCCUGGGGUGCCCAGUGAAUGCAGCUCCCACAGUGCCUCCUGCAGUCCUGAGUGGGGUACUACACUGGAGUUCAGCAGCAACCCUGGGGACCAUCUGCUCCCAGAUGACGCCUCAGAUGCCCACAACCUGCACUCCCUCACUUCCAUUGUGGACAGCAUCACAGUGGAAGAUGUUUCUGCAGCCUUCCCAGAUGAAGCCAUACCGAACUGAGGCGGCCUAUGAAGUGGGGGGAAGCUCUCCAAGGAGGCCAGGGCCACAGAUACCACUGCCUCCAAAGUAGGGAUUUCACGGCCUCAGAUGUUCCAAUGCCAGGAGGCCACCCACUGGAGCUACCAAAUCUCACAGACUUUCUCAUAUCUCUAAGAGGUUGAGUCACAGACCUUAGAGGGAAGCAUCUUCUCCAUUCGGCUGGGUUUUUCAGCUCCCUUCUCUCCAGGGAGAGAAAUCAGGGAAUUUGGGGUGCCCUCUCCUGCAUGUCAACCAGGGCUGGAAGAACACCAGCUCAGUAGCUGCCCCUUUCCAAAAUGCCUCACUGUCUUACCACCCCCCCCUCCCAAAAAAAAAAAAAAUUUGAGUGAUAGGGAUAGGAGCCUGGGCUAUGUGGUCCGUGUGCUCUAUCUCUCCUAGAAUCCAGGGGCUGGGCUGGGCCCACCCUAGUUAAAGGAAAUGCUCUAUCCAGGCAUGCCUGGGGGCCAAGCUAUUAUUGGGAUACUCCCAGUGCUGAUUUGUUUUGCUUUGUUUUGUUUUUGUAAAGUGGAUAUUUGACCAGUGUCUCCUUGCA